AUGCCAAUAAGUACUUCCUUCACUCAAAAAAGAAGAAAAUUCGGUAAAACUUGUCAUUUCACUGAUGUGGGACCCUAUCUUGUUGUAGAUAUUGAUUCAGAUCCAGAACUAAAGAAAAAAUUUAUUAAAAAAACUAAUAUUGACAAAGGAACACAAUGUUCAAGCGAGAUGUCUCAGCAUCAGGCAAACACAGUUUUAUGCCCAACAAAAAGUUGUGGCAUGAAUCAUACUGUGGGCGGGUGGCCUAGUGAUGUGGAUCCUAAAGAUGAAGAUCAAGUAGCAAGAUUUAAAAAGAAAAUUCAAAAAGAUGAAAAUUUUAUCACUACAAUCAAAAGACUUGGUGAUAUUGUGGAAAAUUUUGUAAUGGAAAAUAAUUCAAUUAAUAUUUAUGAAGACUAUUUUUACAGUGAAAGUACAAAAGAAGUUGAAUCACAAUUUAAAACUUUAAGUGUGUUUAGGGAUUACUCUUCAUUGAAAAGAAAAUCUAUCGAUCUUUCAUGGUCUCUGGACGGGUGUAAAAUUGCUGUAGCACAUGCAUUUAAUAGUGAAAAUAGCAAUGUCAUUAAUGCAUGUUACGAUUCUUAUGUAUGGGAUACAGGAUUAUGGGAUGUUAGAGUAGCUGGACACCCACAACAAAUAACACCUGUUGGAGAAAGUCAUAAAGAAAGUGUUUCAGACUUAAAAUGGAUAAGUUCCAAGACUGGAAUGGAAUUCUUUUCUGGAUCAGUUGAUGGAAAGCUAUUUUGCUGGGAUUCUCGAAAUAUGAAAGCUCCAAUCAUUAAUUUUGAAUUUAACCAAGGGAUUCAGGAAAAAUCAAACAUGAAUAAAAGUUAUGGCAUAACAUGUCUUGAAUAUGAUCCUACAUUGCCUAAUCGUUUCAUGGUUGGAACAGAGCAAGGUAUCAUAUUAUCGUGCAACCGCAAGCAUAAAGAUCCGAAGGAAAUGAUACAAGCUUGUUAUGAUAUACAGUCUGGACCAGUUAUUGGCAUUGAAAGAAAUGCAUUUUUUCCAAAACUAUUUGCUUCUUGUGGUUCUUGGGGGGUUAAAAUAUGGUCAGAAGAUCUGGCAGUCUCAUCUAUGUUGAAUUUACAAACGCAUGACGAAUAUGUGACAGAUGCAGCCUGGAGUGCUGCCCAUGCCUCUUACUUGUUUAUCACAAAAACUUCAGGUAUUUUAGAGCUGUGGGACAUUCUUGUUAAAAUGUAUGAGCCGAUUUUGUCUGUAAAAGUAAAAACUGAAUCUUUGCUUUGUAUCAGACCUAAACAGCAAGGUGAUCAAGUGGCAUGUGGUACUUUGUCUGGAUGUAUUCAUUUGCUAGAAGUACCAGAAUGCUAUACGACUACAUCUAAACAUGAAAAGAAUCUUGUAUCAGCUAUGAUCGACAGAGAGGGCAAGCGAGAAAAAGUUCUUGAAGGGAAGACGAGAGAACAAAGGAUGCGGGACAGGAUUAUGGAUGGACAGUCGAGAAAACUACAAGCCAAUGAUGCCGAAGUUGAGAAACUUCAAGAAGUAGAAGACAAAGCUGAUAAUGCUGAAGUGGUGAAGGAAUUUGAAUCAGAAUUUGAUCCUAGUCUGAAAUGUGCUGAAGAUGAGCUAGGGGAUAGCAGCACACCAGAGACACCAGGUUUUGAUAUGCAGUUUACAGACACACUUGAAACAGUUUUAGAUGCUGCAAAAUAAUUCUUAGACAUUAGAUGUUUCUUGAAUAACCUUGAUGAUGAACACUUUUUUUUUGCAGUGAAAUGUUAAGUACUGAAUACAGGACUUAUAUCUCCUACAAGUUAAGGGGAAAAAAAAAGACUUCAAAAGGAGUUUUAUUUAAAAGAUAUUCUUCAGGAUCUGAAUUUAAUCUUUUAUAAAUCAAUAAUAUAAAAAUGCAAGACAGUAUAACCUAUUGGGGAUCUUGAGCCAUUAAAACCAAUGCAAACUAUGAAUUUUAUUGAUUGAAAUUUAGACAAAAUUCAGUAAAUAUUGCAUCAAAAUGACUAGUCCCCCCUUUGAAAAUAUAUCCCCUUGCUUCACCAAAACUGUAGUUAACAUCCUGUGUAUUUUUAUUUUUACGACUGUCAAUUAAAGGAAAUCUUAGCACAAAAGAAAGGUUUUUUGCUCUGCACUUAAAGAACAUUUUACUCAUGGGGGGGGGGGAAAGAAAUAAA